AAGUAACUCUCAUCUCAUGAGUUACUGGAUGCGCAACGCCUUUCUCCCCCACUCUCUCCCUCUCUGCUCUUGGGCUGCCUUUCCCAAUCAUCUCCCUGAUUUCGUCUCCUUUCCUUUCAGAAGCUAUUGCGGUGUCAGAAACUAUCAAGGUGAAACAAUGGAGCACGUUGUGUUUGAUGGUGCUGAAGUAAUGGUGGGCGACCCUCAAUCGCUUCAGAAGAAGAUAUCCUCCAUUCGGAAAGACGGUCCUUUGAAACUUCAGGUUAUUGCAGAUUUUGAUGCUACACUAACAAAGUAUUGGGUUGAUGGUCAGCGAGGGCAUAGUAGCCAUGGCCUUUUGCAACAAGGGAAUCCUGAGUAUGAUCUCAAGAGGCAGGAAUUAUAUGAAUAUUAUCAUCCAUUAGAAAUAGACCCAACAAUUCCACUUGAUGAGAAAGCCAAACUUAUGGAAGAAUGGUGGGGGAAAACACAUGGUCUUCUUAUGGAGGGAGGACUCAACUAUGAUGCUAUAAAGAGCUCUGUGACCAAAUCAAGGAUUGCAUUCAGAGAGGGUGUUAUUGAACUUUUUGAAUUGCUAGAGAAGAAUAAUGUUCCCAUCCUCAUAUUUUCUGCUGGCCUUGCAGAUAUUAUCGAAGAGGUUCUGAGGCAGAAACUUCAUCAAUCCUUUAAGAAUGUCAGAAUUGUAUCCAACAGAAUGGAGUUUGAUGACAGCGGUAGCCUUGUAUCAUUUAAAGGGAAGACAAUCCAUGUAUUGAAUAAGAACGAGCAUGCAAUUGACAUGGCUGGACCAAUGGAUGAUCAGUUGGGUGAUGCUGAUGCAUUGAUUGAUGACAUGUCCUCUGUUAAAUCGAGAACUAAUGUACUACUACUCGGUGAUCACAUUGGAGACCUGGGAAUGUCUGAUGGCUUGAUCUACGAUACAAGAAUAUCGGUUGCUUUCCUAAAUGACAACAUUGACAGUUCCAGUGAUAGCUAUAGGAAUGCUUUCGAUGUUGUGUAUAUGAAUGACGCAUCGAUGUGGGGAGUUGUUAAAUUAGCCUCUCAGCUUUGUUCAACCAUUGUUGGCAAUGGCAGUUGAGUUCCCAGAUAUCAUCCAUAUAUCCACAAGAUUAGGGUUGACCAAUCGUGGCGAUGGAAUUGUUAAUAAAAGAGUGUGCCCAGGUAAAAAAGCAUGGCUGCUUUCUUUUAACAAAAAUUUUCUAACGCAUUUUCUAAAAGAAAGUUAGAAAGUUUAGGGUGUGUUUGGUUGGGGCUUUGGAUUUUGAGUUGGGAUUUGAAUAGUAAAAAUUUUGAAUUUGAAUAGUUGUAUAAUAGGUGUUGACGUGAUGUUUUGGAAUGUAAAAUUGAUUUUUAGUAUAAUAUAAAAAAUGAAAAAUAUGUGUUUGAUUUGAUAUUUUUUGGGAAAGAAAAUAGGAUGAAUAAUGUAUUUAAAAUCCAAUCCCCAAACAAACACACCCUUAAUGUAUUAUAUAUAUUUUUUCUUUUUAUAUUAUCUACACUAUCUUCAAUAUUUUAUAUUAAAAAUAUCAAAAUACAACAAACAUACCCUUGAUAUCUCUAGUACUAAAAGAAAUA